CCAUUCGUCACACCCAAAAGGGUUUCUUCUUUCUUUUUCCAUAAACUCGCACACAUAUACAUGUGAAUAUCUACAUACAAAGACUCGCAGUACUAGGAUUCUUGAUGGCAAUAGCCCUUAAUUAGCGGAUAUUCUACAACACACUUGUUUUAAGAACUUUGGCUCUAGCCGGCUAGCCCCACUUAAUUUCUAUUUCUUUUUUUUUUUUUCUGGGCUUUUAAUAGCUGGGAUUGGGAUUUUUAGUACAUGCAAAUUAGUGGAGAAAUGGGCUUUUGCUCAGGGAUGGCUGUAGUUUAUUUGGUUAUACUGAAUUUGCUUGAAGUUAAUGGUGAAAUUCCGACAACCCUUGAUGGUCCCUUCAAGCCUGUGACUGUUCCUUUGGAUAAAAGUUUCAGGGGAAAUGCAAUAGAUUUGCCAGACACAGAUCCUAGGUUGCAAAGGAGUGUUACAGGGCUUCAGCCUGAGCAAAUUUCUGUCUCUCUUUCUUCAACUCAUGAUUCAGUGUGGAUUUCUUGGAUUACAGGGGAAUUCCAAAUCGGUGACAACAUUAAACCAUUGGAUCCGAAAACUGUUGUGAGUGUCGUACGUUAUGGGAAGCUAAGGUUUCCUAUGAUUCACAAAGCAACUGGCCAUUCUCUUGUAUACAAUCAAAUGUAUCCUUUUGAAGGUCUUCAGAAUUACACUUCCGGAAUUGUCCAUCAUGUUCGUCUUACGGGGUUAGAUCCCAACACAUUAUACUACUAUAGAUGUGGAGAUCCUUUAAUACCAUCAAUGAGUGAUAUCUAUUCCUUCAAGACAAUGCCGGUUUCUGGUCCAAGAAGUUACCCGAGUAGAAUAGCUGUGGUAGGGGACCUCGGUCUCACUUACAAUUCUUCUUCAACAAUCAACCAUUUGAAGAGAAACAAGCCCGAUCUAGUUCUGAUGGUCGGGGACUUGUCCUAUGCUAACUUAUAUCUUACGAAUGGGACCAGUUCAGAUUGCUAUUCUUGCUCGUUUCCAGAUACUCCUAUACACGAGACCUAUCAGCCUCGUUGGGAUUAUUGGGGAAGAUUUAUGCAGCCACUGGUUUCUAAAGUUCCGAUAAUGAUGGUACAAGGGAACCAUGAAAUUGAAUUGCAAGCUCAAAAUCGGACUUUUGCAUCCUACAGUUCUCGAUAUGCAUUUCCAUAUAAAGAAAGUGGAUCUUCUUCUCCUUUCUACUAUUCUUUCAAUUCCGGGGGCAUACAUUUUGUAGUGCUCGGUGGAUACACUGCAUAUAGCAAAACAGCUGAUCAAUACAAAUGGCUGCAGAAGGAUCUGACUCAUGUUAACAGAGAAGUUACUCCAUGGUUGGUAGCUACAUGGCAUCCACCCUGGUACAGCAGUUACACAGCACACUAUAGAGAAGCUGAAUGUAUGAUGGUAGCAAUGGAAGAUCUACUGUAUCGGUAUGGAGUCGACAUAGUCUUUAAUGGACAUGUCCAUGCCUAUGAGAGGUCGAACAGAGUUUAUAACUAUGCCUUGGAUCCUUGUGGUCCUGUAUACAUUACAGUUGGAGAUGGAGGGAAUAGAGAGAAGAUGUCAAUUACACAUGCUGAUGAGCCAGGUAAAUGUCCUGAACCAUCCUCCACGCCAGAUGAAUUUAUGGGUGGAUUCUGCGCCUACAAUUUCACAUCUGGUCCAGCAGCUGGUAAGUUUUGUUGGGAUCGACAACCUGAAUAUAGUGCAUACAGGGAAAGCAGCUUUGGCCAUGGAAUUCUAGAGGUACCUGCUCUCUCUCUCUCUCUAUCUCUCUCUCUCUCUUCAAGAAAUCCUUGCCUCAUCACCAUGACUCGUGGAAACCAAAGGGAAAAGGAUAGAGAAAGGGCUCAGGCUCGGACCGGUGGAAAAGGCAAGAAUAAAGAUGACGGUUUGACCCCAGAGCAGCGCCGUGAAAGGGAUGGAAAGGCACUUCAAGAAAAGGCUGCAAAGAAAGCAGCACAGGCUGCAGGGGGUGCCGAUGCUGGAAGUAAAAGCAACAAGAAAUAGGACAUUUCUUGUUCAUGAGUUUCACAAUCGACUUUUCUUGCUUAUUCUGAGCUUGUUGGCUUUUUCCCCUUGAUUUUAUGUUUAAUAUCUGAAGGAUCAUCUUAAUUACAAUGUGAAUGUAAAACCAUGAUGUUUGUCUGUUUUUCAUCAAUUUAAAAGUAUUUAAUGAUUUUUGUUUGUUUUGUAUCACAUAGUUUAGAUUUGUGAGUUGGCUGAUGGUGAUAAAUAAAUUGGAUUUGGCUCU